GCGACGUGCGAGUGGUGUAUUUAAACAUGUUGUUGCCAGUAGGUGAAAGAUUCGACGACCAGUGUUAAUUUGUGCCUCAAAUGUAGAAUGUCAGAACAAAAACGUGUUCCUUUGCAAUCCCUUGGCACAACGAAAAAGGAGAAAAAAGGCGAGGAAUUCGUACAAUCCUACCGUUUUUCCCUCACAUUACCAGAGUCUAACGAGCAGGCAUGUCCCGAGUUCAACUACCGCGAGCUCCUCAAAUCGGCGGAGAAAAAACGAAAAAAGGAAAAUAAAAAAGGUGAUGAAAACAAUGUUGUCAAUGGGCUGGACCCACACGACGAUGAUGAUGACGACAAAUUUCGGGAGAUGGCUAAAAGAUUCGAAGCUAAAUAUGGGACUGGAACAGCCGGAAGAAAAAAACACAACAAAUACGACGAUUACGUUGACCUCGGAGCUGGGUACGAUGAGACAGAUUCAUUCAUCGACAAUACGGAUGCCUACGAUGAAAUUGUACCCGAAGAGAUGACGACGGUGCGAGGAGGAUUUUACAUAAAUUCUGGGGCCCUGGAGUUUAAAACUUCCGAGGGAAAUCCUGUGAUCGGCAAUCACAAUAAUAACAAUAACAAUGAAGAUGAGAGUAGCGAAAGUAGCGAGGAAGAACUCGAAGAGGAGGGCAGCCCCAAGCAAUCGAAAAAAAGAGCUCUCAGUACAUCGGAGGAAGAAGAAUUGGAGGAAAAUGUGACAGAAUACCCGCUCAAAAAACCUAAAAUGGAUGACAACGGCGAAAAAAAUUCUAGCAACGACGGGGCCCUGAAGAAAAAGAAGAAACAAGAGCUUUCCAUCUUAAAUAGGCAAAAAAAUACGAUCGUUCGGGACUUACUUAGAGUAAAACGGGAGGUACGAGAGGCUGAUUUACCUGCAGAAGAUCUAGAGGAUAGGAAGAAAGCCGAGAAAAGUGAACUCACGAAGCCUAAAUCUAACUCGGAAAAAAAAUUUGAUAUCAAAAGAUUCGAAAAAAAAGCUUCGAGUAAUGGGAUGGAGGUGAAGUCAAAGUCCGAAACGAAAAAAAUUGCUUUUUACGACGACACUAUAGAGAGCGUAGUGAACGCGGCGCGAGUCGAAGACCAAUCUAGUUCAGACACUAUGGAUUCUGGCAAAUCUCGUAGUAUAGUCUGUUCAAAUUCUGACUGCGACGAUGCGAUGGAUAAGGAAGAAAGUCCGUUACCCGAUGCACUGAGAGAAGAUAUGAGAGAAAUUAUUAACAAACUGAAAGCUCACGCCGAAACUACCAAGGAGGGGAAAACAAAAUUCUUCAACGGUCCGGUUAUUUCUUAUCUUCUCAGCUUGGAAAAAGCACUUCGAAUAAAAUAUCCGGCCAGCGUAAGACUCCAAACUUACGACCACCUGGUACAUUAUUUACCGUGCAGUAAACCGACUCUUCUCAACAGAGCGAAAAAGAUUUACCUCCAAGACGUUGAAGAUAGAGUUAAGACCCCGCUUGAGAGGUUAAAAGCGGCGAUAGACAAAAUCAUGCCGUCCGUAAUGGUCAAGUAUACGAGGGACUGCCACAGAGUUGCCGACGACAAGGGUAUCGAGGGUUCUCCGACAGAUCCUGAUAGCAGCGACGCGGAUGACAGCGGUAACAAGUCGUCUGAAAAAUCUAAGAUUCCUCAGCGACGGUUUCCAUGGACCGACGAAACAAAAAAACUAGUGGCUGAAAUCGCAUCUGCACGUCGAGAAUACUUCGAAAUAUUAAAACCACGAAAAGAAACCGUUGAAACUUUUGUAUCUACGUUUAUGGACGCUAAAGUUCGACCCCUAUGGCCACCCGGAUGGAUUAGACUACAAACGUUACUCAAGUACGCCAAUCCUCAACUGCAAGGGAAGAGGAAAUUAAAAAAGCUAAAAGAUGGAUCAGCGACACCAGGAAUCAGUGCGGUAGUGAUGGGAUCGAGUGUUCAGAGUUCGAAUGUGAAAAUGGAUUCUAAUAUCGUGAAUAACGACGAGAGAGUUAGAACUGAGACAAGUUCAAUUAAGGAAAAUUCAGUGAUGAAUUAUUCGACGAGUAAUAAAUCGAACGAGGUCAACGCGGUUCAAGGCUCGCAUUCGGAUAAGAAAUCAGUGUCAAAAUCAAAAGAAACUAAAACUCAGGAGAUUCUGGCAUCGAGUCAGUAUAACUCGACGUCUGGUACGACCACGAAUUCGGGAGUAUCGAAAAUAUCGGUUGUUCCUACCGCCAACCUUAUGCCCAACAAAUCAAAAGCUGACAAAUUCAAUCCAAUGGAUCUUACGAGUAGCUCGCUCUCUAUAACGCCUGUAAAUGACUACCACAAAUCUGGGAAGCUCGGAGAAUCGAAAGAAUUGAAAAAGGAAGAUACGAUUUCCAUCACGGCUUGCGCCGAGGGUGGCCAAGACGGAGUUACUACCGUUUCGCAAUCUGGAAAUACUUCCAGCAACCAAACGCUCGGGAUUUACAUGCCAUCGCUGAAUCAAGAAGCUUCGGUAAUUUCAUCGAUUCCAAAACCAGUUUCAUUGAAACAUAGAAUAUUGCAAGAAUCUUUGGACGUUAGACAGGAGGAGAAGGUAGGGACCGAACACGUCCCUAGUACCGACUCGCAUAAGACUGAUAGAAAAGAAAGGAAGGAAAAACGCGCUGAAAGCAGCAGGCACAAGUCGCACCACGAUAGUAAAAAGCGAAGAAAAGAGCACAAAUCACACGAGCACGCGGACUCUCAUAAAGUCGAGACCACCUUACCGGCGAUCCAAUCGUCUAUAUCAAAGGAGGACCAGGACGAAACUGUGGCAGCAACUAAUUUCUUGAGUCAAAUUGAGCCAAGCGUCUUAGACGAGCCAACGGGAAAUAUGAUAACGCCAAGUGAACAAGAAAAUGACGUGCAAAAGGUCAUGCGCGCGUUAAAGGAACUGGAAGAGCUCCAAGAAAUGAAAUAUUCUCCAUGUCAUUCACCCGUCAGUGUCAUUCAAAAACCUAGCAAGUCUUCUACGAAUACGCAAUACGUUAAUUACCAAGACGAUUACCAGCACCUGUAUCAUAAAAAGGACGACAAAAUAAGGACGCAGAAGAAAGAGGAUAAUCAGUGGUAAGACAGGCUAGUUGACAGAUUCGAGGCUAGCAUUGUGCGUUCCAAAGUUAAAUUCUUUCCGGAUAAUGUCAGACUUCGAAGAAAUUGAAUUUCGUCCCAUUUUAGCCCGAUUUCAAUUGAGUAGCAUAAUAUGUAUAUCCCUGUAUUCGAAUAGCGUUGAAUUGUCUGCAGAAAAAUGGCCUCGCUAAAACGAACAAUAUAAAAAUUUAUUACCCGACAAUACGACGCCACGUGGUAAUUUUAAUCCAACUACGGUCUCGUUGAUUACUCCCGAUUUUAUGAAUAUAUUCUACUAACAGAAUGGAAUUAUAUUGCAUAGGUCGUACAGAUGAACGAUAAAAAGAGUAAAGUUUAAAACUGUGAACCAAUGUGAUUCAGAAGCAUGUAGCUUCGUGAUCGAUCGGAUAUUUUGUUACAUUCACGGAAUGAUGAUAUUUCAAAUUUUAGGCUUCCUAUAUUGCAGAAUAUUUUUCAAUCACACGUCCAAUUAGGUAACUAAUGGGUAUGGUCUUAUUAACUUGACAAUGGUUUCAUUAACAAAUCUUCUGCGCCAAGUACAAGGUUGUUAAAUCAAUUAAAUAUGUUUAAAUUAUCCAUGUAAAGGUUUUCUGGAGGUUGUGAACUCGGUUUAUAUUUUAAAUGUGUUUUUAGAUCUUUUCAUUCCAUAUUACUGUAUUAUUAGCUUAUCAUAAGCGAAAGGAGACGAGUGUAGAAAAAAAAAAUUACAUGGGGCUAUGAGAAGUGAUCUACCGGUAGUCUUAUCGUAUACCUGGAUUGAAACACAUUUUUAAUUUCAUUACAGUGGCAGUUUGCCACGUGCCUAAUUAUUAUUUUAAUCACACGUCCUAUAGGGUCGCAGAAUAUAUUUUGUCAAGGUAAAUUUUUAAGUAUUUUGAAUCGCCAAAACAGUGUAUAUAAAUUUAUUAUCUAUGUAGUGUAGUAACAAUCGAGCGUGUACAGUGAAUUUAAAUUAUAUAAACGAUGAUAUCUGAAAACUUUUGUACAUAAAUUAGUAACUAAUGUAAAGUAGGGUGGUCGGAAACAUAAAGAUGAUUGUUAGCAGCCAAGCUUCCAUUGCAUUUUCAUCGAACUAACAUGCUGCAUUUAAAUCCGGAAUGCACACGAAAGAAAAAAACGACUUUCCAAACUUACUUCAUUUACAUCCGAUGUAACAAUGAUUUUUAAAUUUUCCAGAAUUCAGAAAUGAAUUUUUUACAAUACUUUUGUCGUUGCACAGUGUUAUUUAUUAUUUUCCAAGUCCUAAUUUUAUCUAAUAUUUACUGUCUUUUAUGUAUUUUUCAGUGCACCAUUUACAAUGCAGUGAUUAAUUUACAUCACGAAUCUGUGAUGGCUUGAUUUGAUCUUUGGACAAUUUUUCAUAUCAUAACGAUGAUAUCUUUUUGUUUUUAAAACUCCGAAGCAUGUGUGCUAAUUUUUUAUAAGGUAUAUUUUGGCCACCCUGCCACUUUGCUGCCCAGUUGAGAAUGUAUCGAGUGUUCCUAGCGAUGUGUAUGAGCCAAAUUAGUUCUUUUUAUUAAACGAACAACAUUGUUUGCAAAUAUCUCUUUAUCUUACCACUAAUUUCUGAUUAAAUUAUUUAGCGAUGCAUAAUUAAACUACCUAUUAUCAAUGAGAUGAACCGAAGGCGGGAGCUGUUAGAUAGUUAUAAUAUCACUGGAUAAAAUAAGUCAUCAGAGUUAACGUCACAUAAUAUUGUCAAAAUAACAGAGGAAUCGGUGACUAAUUUUUUUAGCAACCGAGGAAAUUCCUGCCAACAAAUUUUUGUAAGUAAUGCUAUAGAAAGAGUGAAAGGGAGAGGAGCCAGAGUCUAGCCAGAUGUAACGCAACAUAAAUUCUGCAUAUUUUUGGAACGCAUAAGGCUGAUAUAGGUAGUUAUAACAAAAAUGUAAAAUAGAAUGGAAGCAACAAAAAAUUACAAUACUACAUUAUAAAUAAUAACAUAUUGCGCGACGUUAAAAUGCCUACGACAAAACGAGAACGUCUCUGUAUCAAGAAUAUUUCGCUAAGAUGACUUAAAAUAUAAGUUUUGAGUAUUUUUCACAA